CCCCCCCGCCCCAAAAAUAAAUCCUCCUUGAAACUUUCUUACCUUUCAACAAAGAAGAUAUCCGCCGGCUCCAUCGCAAAGUCAAUGCACCGACUGGUUUUAGUUAAUUCUUUUCUGAAUCUGACUCACAGCUAGCUCACUUGCUGGUACGGAUUCUCUGCAACUGUUCAUAGAUUCUGUUCCUUGUCUCAUCUUCUUCAGUGAUUGUUUUUUACAUGCAUCAUCUCAUCUCGUUUUCCCUUUUUUUUUGUUUGCCCUUCAUUUUGUAUUAAUGUUCUGUUUGUGCAGUAUGAUUUGCGUUUUGAGUAGGGGGAGAAAGAGGGAGAACUGGGUUGUUCAAUGCUGAGGAAGAACAACUUGGAAAACCAAACAAGUGAAAUUUUCAUCUGUUGCAGGCGAUUCUUGAAAAAUUAGAAUAUCCAAGCCCCCACAAUAUGCCUCAAGAAAGUCUGAAGUCAGUUGUCUACAGAUCAUUUCUCACAUGUGAUGAUCCAAAAGGAGUCGUUGAAUGUGGAACCAUUAGAAUAUCCAAAAGAGGUUCUGGGACAAUUGAAAAGAAAAUCGAAAGCCAAAAACCAAACGACUCAAAGUCAAAGACAUCUUUGGCACAUAACGUAGAGAAAGAGAAAAGAGCCCUUAAGGGGAGUACUGACGAUUUUCAGAGUAGUCCAUCAUCUUUGCAGCUCAUGGAGGUGUCUAGAGAAGCUCGAAAACUGAAUGAGAUGAUUGACUCAUGGUCUAAGGGCCUGAGUUAUGAUGGCCAUUCUAAAGAUAUUGCAAAAGAUCUGUUGAAAGGAGCUCUUGAUCUCCAAGACUCCUUAGUCAUGCUUGGUAAACUGCAAGAAGCAUCACGUUAUAUGGCAAAGUUGAAGAAGAAACAGAAGGGAAAGUCUGAAAGAGGAACAGUUUCCGAAGUGGGGACUGAAAGGUCAGAUCAAUUAGGAGAUCAUCAGAAUGGCUUUCAAAAACCACGGCUUUCAACGGAUGGGUCAUCAAGGGAUUGUUAUGAAGAGCUCAGGAGAGUGAUCAAAGAGAGCUUUGUUAAGCAAAAUCUAUUGCCUAACUCAAUCACACAAGAGAAGAAUCUCUUUCGUCAAAGGAACUCGGACGUAGCUUUUAAAAUCCCAUUCACAAGCUCGAGCUCAAGUCAAUCUUCAAUUUUUGAACCCUUACAUUACAGUUCUACCGAAUCAUCUGUAUCAUCAGCAACUCCACCAAUGAAGGUGAAAAGCCCAAAUUUGAUUGCCAAGCUUAUGGGUCUAGAAGAAUUCCCCUCAAAACCAUUACAGAGAACUACCCAAAAACAGUCAGAAAGUGAGAAGAUUCCCAAUCAGCGGAGGUCUAUGUUUGACAUUGAUAGGCCAAUGUUCAAGAAGCCUUCAUUGGUAGUUCAAGCAGAAGAUCAUGGACACAGGAAACUAAAGGAGAUUCUUGAUACCAUGCAAUUUAAAGGACUUCUCAGAAGCAAUUCUGUCAAACGCAUAAAAUCACAGCUAUCUCAGUUGGAUGAUUCGUAUCCUAGGCAGAAAUUAUUGAGCGAUGAUAACCCACCUAUUGUACUUAUAAAACCCCUAUAUGUCCCACACCUGGAAUCAGAUGCACAAAAUGAAUCCUCUUUUCAGAAAGAGGAAGUCCUAGACGUAAAAAUGAUGUCCAAGAAACCAAAAGCGAAAGAGCAAGUUCCCUCUAAAAACCUUGCCCACAAGAAAGGUUCUAUAAAUUCCAAAAACCCGGGAAGGAAAAAGGAAGCAGAAGAGAUUCCAAUAAAGAAACAUAGUCAGGAAGGAGUGAAACAUCACAAGGAUGUAUAUACUAGACCAGAAGAAAAAGAUAGCAAUGCUAAGAAGGCUUCCGGUAGGAUGAAAGAUAUGGUAUCUCCCCAACCACAGAGAAGAGAAGCAUUUCACCAGAGCGUGAAUGCAGCAGUCACUCGCAAAAUGCCAAUUGAAAAGGGUGCUGCAAGAGCUAAAAACGUACCUAGAAUUCAAGAUCAAGUCAAGGUGACCCCUGCAAGGACCAAAAUACCAGAAAGUGGAUCAAUUUGUGCGACAAAACAAAUUCCCCGAGAACGAAGUUCUACCUCGAGCAACAUGUCAAAUUGCGCAACACAAAUUCGGGUCAAUGGUUCUAAUGGUGGAAAGAGACGACUGGUGAAGAAAGAAAAGCCAGCAAGUGAGCCCCCUGCAACUGAAGUAAUUGCUGAGAAAUGCAAAGAAGACGAGAAUAUCAUUGGUCUUGUGAUUGAAAAUGACUCUUUGCUUGUGAACUGCUCACCCGUAGACCAUCCAAAGGAAGAUACAUAUUCAUCUGAAGUUCUGAUUGGAGAAUGUGGCAGCAACAGUGAAAGCUCUGUUUGUGAUACUAUGCUUCUGAACUCUGAAAUCGAGGAGGAUCCCAAAACUGGUGAAGGCUUUAUUUUCCAUGAUAUGCUGCUGAACUCUGAAGAUGAGGAGGAUCAUAAAACUGGUGAAAUCUGUAUUAGUGAUGAUAUGCUGAUAAAAUCUGAAAAUGAGGACCUUAAAACUGUCGAACAAGUAGGCAACCACUGUCUUUCUGAAGCAGAUAACAAAGACUUCAACACUGAAACCAGUCUAGAAGCGUUGCUUUUGAGUGCUCCAGCUUUUUUUAGUCAUGCAAAGGAGCUUUUUGACAUCAGUGUGAAUGGUACUACAACCUUACAAACAUUUUGCAAUGAUGAUUCGUUGAUUUCUGAGCAGAGGCUCUCCAUAGAUUGUGCUAACGAACUUACUGAACGUAGAAGUCUUUCUGAUUUGCGAGUGUUUAAUCCAUUGUUACAAAACCUUAUGGGGAAAAUCAGAAGCUUUAUCUCCCUUGAUCAACUUUUGAAAGAAAUUUGUAAUGGAGUUGAAGUAUUGAAAAGCUAUAGUAAGUUUGCUGGCGAGAGCUAUCCCAUUGACAGUCUUUAUGUUAUGUUGGAAAGAGACAUGAAAUGCGGAGGACUGGUCAGUGGAAUGUGGGAUAUGGGUUGGAGGAACGGAUUUUCGUUGGACGAUAGUGAGCAAGUAGUACAAGAAGUAGAGACACUAAUCUUUAGUGGGUUGAUUGAAGAGGUUUUCUCAUAAUUUGCUCUUCAAAUAUAUAUGUAUAUAUGUGAAUUAUCGUAUGUUCAUUCUGAUAUACAUGUUGAAAAAGUAGAUAUUAUUGCAAUCUCAUGUACAUAAGUGAUUUAAGUUAAUACAACAGAAAUGGAAAGUUUUUGUUA